AUGAAUUCACCAAUUGGUAAUUGCAUGCCUUUGUUACUUGGUGAAAAUGAUGGUACUAGUAAUGUUCAAAAUCCAUUUACUUUUGAGCAUAGAUCAGAAGAGGAUGAGGAAGACGAAGAAGGAAGACAAUGUGAUGAUGACAGUGUAGGAGCCGAGGAUGUUCAUAAUGAUGAUAACCAAGAUAGGGAAGGUAGCUCGCCUUUUUUAGCUAUUCGUGAGACAAUUGAAAGAGAACAAAUGAGAUAUGUGGCUGUGGAUGGGGAAGGAUGUAACUUGUCAAACAAUCCAGAUACAGAGGAUUUAGAUGACCCAAUUGAAUUAUCUCCAAUGCAAUAUCAUUUGGCACCAUCACCACAGUUUGAAAAUGUUGAAACCAUUGGUCAUGUUGUGUCAAGUGAAUGGACCCUAUGGGGAAACACUCUUAUGGGACAUCCAACUGGAGAGUUCAUAGUUGGACAAAUAUUUAAUUCCAAAGGAGAUUUGCAACAUGCUGUAAAGAUGUACUCUAUUAAUUCGCACCAAGAGUAUAUCGUUUUGUCAUCCACAAAGAAAUUGUUGGUCCUAAGAUGCAAUAAAGCUGAACAGUCUCAAUGUCCUUGGAGAUUACAUGCUACAGUUGUUAAAGGGACAUCUUUAUUUGAGAUCAACAAAUAUAGUGGCCCACACACAUGUGUCAAUCCUUGCAUGAACCAAGAUCAUCAUCAGUUAGACUCAAACCUGAUAGCCGCCCAUAUAGAGGGAAUGAUUAAGACACAAUUCACACUUUCAGUGGCUGCCAUUCAAGCAAGUGUUGUAGAAAGAUUCGGGUACCAUAUCUCAUACACUAAGGCUUCGAAAGGCAAGCGUAAAGCAUUAACUAAUUUGUUUGGUGAUUUCUAUAAAUCAUACGCUAAACUGCCACAUUUUUUUGGUGCCUUAGAGCAAGCCAAUCCAGGAUGUGUUGUAAUUUCUAAAACAUUCCCAGGAAAUAUGCAAAAUGAAGAGGCAUUUCAGCGAGUCUUUUGGGCAUUUCAUCCUUCCAUAGAGGGCUUCAAGCAUUGUCGUCCUGUGUUAACUAUUGAUGGUACACACUUGUAUGGGAAGUAUAAGGGCAUUGUAAUGAUUGUCAUGGGCUGUGAUGGAAAUAAUCAAUUGUUUCCUCUUGCUUUUGCAUUAACUGAGGGUGAAAAUGUUGAUAGUUGGGGAUGGUUUUUGGCAUGUAUUAGAAAUCGAGUAACUCAAAGGAGGGGUCUUUGUGUUAUCUCUGAUCGUCAUCCGGGCAUUAUGGCUGCGUUUGCUGAUGUUUAUCUUGGUUGGUCUGAGCCAAAUGCAUAUCAUCGAAUUUGUAUGCGCCAUCUUGCUAGCAACUUUAUGACUCACUUUAAGGACAAAUGCUUGAAACAACUUUUAUGUAGAGCUGCCUUAGAAACUAAGGUAGAAAAAUUCAACAUGCAUAUGGAGACAAUUGGGAGAAUCAAUCAAGACGCACUUAGCUGGUUGGAGGCUAUUCCCUUUGAGAAAUGGGCACUAUCACAUGAUGGAGGUCGACGAUAUGGCAUAAUGACUACGAACAUGUCAGAAGUGUUCAAUAGUAUGCUUAAAGGGGCACGAAGUUUCCCUAUCACCGCAUUUGUUCAAUUGACAUUCUAUCGAGUUAAUAGUUACUUUGCUGUAAGAAGAGAACAUGGUGCUAGUCGACUUGCUUCAGGUGAACAAUACACUCCUUAUGUUGAUGCUAAGAUUAAUGCAAAUGUUGUUAAGGCAGGUUCUCAUGAGGUUGUUUUGUAUGAUCACUUCCAAGGAUUGUUUCAUGUGAAGGCCAAUAGGGGUAGUAAAAAGACAUCAUCUAGUGGAAGUACGUGA